GUUAUAUGUUGUAUGAAAAAUAAUUAAUAUAAAUGGAGCAAUUUGGACAAUCAGAAAUGUCUCCUAGUUAUAGACUGAAAGAGAAGCAGCAAAGAUUUUUGGGAAAACUUAAAUGGGGUUAUUAUAUCGAUAUUGAACAUGAUAAAAGUAUGAUAAUCCCUGCAAGGAAGUUAAUGCGCUCCUGUGUUAAUAUUCUGAGUGGGCAAUACUGCCAGAUUUGCAUGGCAAACCCAAUAGAAAUCAAAGCAGUCACAUAUUUAGAGCAGUCUUCGAGAGAAGAGUGGAACAAAAAGUUAUUCUUCUGAAGAAAAUGUGUUAAGGAGAUUAAAGAAGAGCUUGAGAUUGAAACACACUCUUCUACUGAGCUAUUCGUUGAUCCAGUUCAGCAAUUGAAUAAAGGUUUUACAAGGAUAAGGGAACAAAUUUUCAAAAGACAGCUGUAUCUGACGCAUGUUUUGCGCACAAGGCCUGAGAUGAGAGCCCAGAUUGAAUUACUCUGGAAGGAAUCUGAAAACUUUUAUAGACUCUAUCAAAACUUGGUUAAGAAGGUGCUCCUAUCUGUGGAUGAAUCAUCAGAGAUACGGCAGAAGAAAGUUAAGAAUUUUAUGGAAGUGAAGACUACUUAUGAAAAACAAUAAGAGAUAGCAUCCAUGGGCUUCUUAAGAAAAUUAA